CGUCACGGCCGCCGCCGCCAUGGCCGCCCGCAGGGCGCUGCACUUCGUGUUCAAAGUGGGAGACCGGGCCCGCACGGCGCGGUUCUACCGGGAGCUGCUCGGCAUGAGGGUGCUGCGGCACGAGGAGUUCGAGGAGGGCUGCAAGGCCACCUGCAACGGCCCUUAUGAUGGAAAAUGGAGCAAGACCAUGGUGGGCUAUGGACCAGAGGACAAUCACUUUGUGGUGGAGCUGACUUACAAUUAUGGCAUUGGGGAAUAUCGCCUGGGCAACGACUUCCUGGGCAUCACUCUGGUGUCCAGCCAGGCUGUGAGCAAUGCCAAGAAGAUGGGCUGGCCCCUCAAAGAGGUCACCUCUGGUGUCUUUGAAACUGAAGCCCCAGGAGGAUACAAGUUCUACCUGGAAGACAAGGAAAAGCUCAAGCAAGAUCCCGUGUGGAAGGUAACCCUGGGUGUCUCAGACCUGCAGAAGUCUGUGAGCUACUGGUCUGGCUUGCUUGGGAUGAAAAUAUAUGAGAAGGAUGAGGAGAAACAAAGAGCUUUGCUGGGCUACGCUGAUGACCAGUGCAAGCUGGAGCUGAGGGCUGUAGGAGGGGCAGUGGAUCACGGGACGGCGUUCGGCCGCGUCGCCUUCGCCUGUGCCAAGGACGAGCUGCCCAGCAUUGAAGCCCUGAUGAAGAAGGAGAAUCAGAAGAUUCUGACCCCUCUGGUCAGCUUGGACACACCUGGCAAGGCCACGGUGCAGGUGGUGAUUCUGGCUGAUCCUGAUGGACAUGAAGUUUGUUUUGUGGGAGAUGAAGCGUUCAGAGAGCUGUCCCAGGUGGACCCUAAUGGUGACAAGCUGUUGGAUGAUGCCAUGGCUGCAGACAAGAGUGACAAGUGGUUUGCUGAGCACAACAUGAAGAAAGUUUCAGCUUAGCUGGGGAAUGGCCUGGGCUGCUCCUCCGUGCCUUGGAGCCCUUCCAAGAAAAUGCCAAUCCUGUUAAAGAUCUGCCUUCCCAACCAGAGGCUGCUGGGAUGUCCCGUGGUGGAUUUUUGGGUUGAUUUGAGCUGAUGUCUCUGCCUUUCACAUCUCCUCCUUCCCAAAAACUGGGGCUGUGCAGCAAAGGAGCAGCUGAGCCCUUGCCUUCAAAACCAGGGAUCACCAGUCAAGAAAACCUCACAUUUCUGUGGUGUUUGAAAAGAAAGGUGAACAGAUUCGUUAUUUUCUGAUUAAUUAAUUGUCUGAUUAAUUUGCUUUAGCUGAUGUCUAUUUGCAGGCUAGAGAGGAGAUUUUGAGGUAGCUGUGGCUACUCCCCCUCUCAGGUGGGGUGUGGGGUGCAUCCCUUUAUUGGGAACAAAGAAAUUAUCUGUGUGAGUGCUCCAUCCUUGUUUCAUUCCAAGGUGUUUCCCCAAAUUCCAGGGGGAAAUUUCACUCGAGAGCCCCUGGGGUGUUUCUCACUGGGAUCCUGCUAUUAAUGGGAUGGUUCUCACCCUUUCUCCAGGAGAUUUCCAUGAGCUGAGGCUGUGCUUUGGGGUUUGCAGCUGCACUGUCUGCUGAGGUGCUGGGGCAGCUCGAAAAAAGUUUUGCAGUUAGGUUUUGGUGAGAAAUUUUGGACAUAACAGUUCAGAGUUUGUUCUGUAGGAAUGAAGUCACUCUGCUGGAAAUGCAGGGAGUCAUUCCUGGCAUUGUUUGUGCUGCCUGACUGCUCGUUUUCCUGAUGAAAACCUUAAAUAAAAUACCUUAAAUAUGA